UCCAAGAAACAAGCUUAGGCAAAAAAAAAAGAAGUUAAAAAAUGGAGAUCUUGUUCUGUUUCUUCUUAGUUUUGCUUCUUACUCUUGCAUCAUCAAGCUUUCUUAAAAAGUUCAAAAACUCAAAGUUUAAUCUUCCUCCUAGCCCUUCAAGUCUUCCCAUCAUUGGAAACUUGCAUCAUCUUUCAGGACUGCCUCACAGAUGUUUCCAUAACCUCUCACUCAAAUACGGACCAGUGAUGCUUCUCCGUCUUGGCUUUGUUCCAGUGGUUGUCAUCUCAUCGAGUGAAGCAGCUGAAGCGGUUCUCAAAACUCACGACCUGGAAUGUUGCAGCCGACCAAAGACGCUCGGCACAGGAAAACUCUCUUACGGCUUUAAAGACAUCUCAUUCUCCCCAUACGGUGCUUACUGGCGAGAAAUGCGAAAAAUCGCGGUUAUCGAGCUUUUAAGCCUCAAGAAGGUUCAAUCUUUUAGGUAUAUAAGAGACGAAGAGGUAGGUUACGUGGUGAAGAAGUUAUCAGAAUCUGCUUUGAUACAAUCUCCCGUAGAUUUAAGCAAAACUUUCUUCUCACUCACCGCAAGCAUCAUUUGUAGAGUGGCUUUAGGACAGAACUUCCACGUGGACGGCUUUGUUAUCGAUCAAGAAAGGAUUGAAGAGCUUGUUACCGACGCAACGGUAGCCCUCGGGACUUUCACUUUCUCUGACUUCUUCCCUGGUGUGGCUGGAAGAUUCUUGGACUUGUUGUUUCAACGAGACAAGAAGAUCAACAAAGUCUUUAAAGAGCUUGAUACUUUUUACCAGCAUGUGAUUGAUGAUCACUUGAAGCCAGAAGGAAGGAAAAAUAAGGAUAUUGUUUCCUUGUUGUUGGAUAUGAUUGAGAAACAGGGAGAUGCAGAUUCUUUCAAACUUAGUAUGGAUCAUCUCAAAGCAAUCGUCAUGGAUGUAUUUCUUGCGGGGAUAGAUACAAGCUCUAUAACAAUGAUUUGGGCGAUGACAGAACUCAUUAGAAACCCUAAAGUGAUGAAGAAAGCUCAAGAGAAUAUUAGAACAACCCUUGGUGCCAACAGGGAAAGAAUCACUGAAGAAGAUCUAGGCAAAGUUGAAUAUUUGAAUCUUAUAAUCAAGGAAACAUUCAGAUUACAUCCACCACUUCCGUUUAUAGUCCCAAGAGAAACAAUGUCACACAUCAAGAUCAACGGCUACGAUAUUCCCCCGAAGACACAAAUCCAAGUUAAUGUAUGGACAAUAGGACGUGACCCCAAGCUUUGGACCGACCCUGAAGACUUCAUCCCUGAACGGUUUGCUAAUAGUUCUGUAGAUUUUAGAGGACAAUUUUGAGUUGUUACCAUUUGGUUCUGGUCGAAGGAUUUGUCCCGCGAUGCCAAUGGGAGCUGCUACUGUGGAGUUAGGAUUGAUGAAUUUGUUGUACUUUUUUGAUUGGGGAUUGCCUGAUGGGAUGAAAAUUGGAGACAUUAACAUGGAAGAACAUGGUAAUAUCUCCAUUGUCAAGAAAGUACCUCUUCAACUUGUACCCCUUCGACGUUAUUGAUGUGGAGUCUAGAAAAGCUUGAUACCAUGGAAAGAUCAGGAGCAGAAAAGGUACGAUUCAUCUGAUAUUGUUGUGUUUAUGUAAGGACUUAUGUUUGAACGAAUACCAUAUCAAGAAAUAAUAAAAGGUUAUUCGUUUUGUUAAGAAAGUUGCGGUCAUACCUUGUUGAGAUAUGUAAUAAGUUAGAUAAUGUUUGAACAAUAUAUGAGGAUGUUACGUAUGUCAUCCAAGUGGGCUACAUGCAUGCAUGGGAGCAGAAUUACUAAUGCAGUGCUGCCUUUGCGGUGGUGAGGUGGUACAGCCAGUCAAAAACAACAAUUUCUACCGCCAACGAACCACAUGAAGACAUGAGAGUAAUAACAACAUGAGUAACAAAAUGGAAUAGAACAACAUCAUUCCAUGAUUUUCUUUUUGUGAAAUUUAUUCAGUAUAGUGACAUUUAAUUUUUCCACUAUAACCAUUAGGUUCUGACUAGUAUUCUUAGUAUUUUUGUGGUGUUUAGUUUAUAUGAAGGAGAGUUAUUUGACGUCAUUAGUAAAAAAUGGUCGAUAAGUCCACCUCUUACAGAGCCAAAAUUCAAAUUGACUACUUUGUUUUUAUCGAUUACGUAGCGACUCCGUCACUCAUAUGCU